GAGGUUGACAGUUUUGGGGAAAUGUUGACCCUGUUUGGCCCUCAGGUUACACCUAAAUCCAGAUCAUGGCCCUCGCUGUGGUUGAGUUUUACACCCUUGCAUACAGGUAGUUAAGUCUUUCUUGUCAUGUUGCUGUGAGAAUAAACACCUUAAAGGGCGAGGACAGCAUGUUUGAUGAGUCGGCCUUUAACUCUGUCGUUGAUAUACAGUCUGUUCUGCUAACUUCAUUACAUAACCCUGACCCUUCGCCUGCUGCACCUCCACGCUCAUUUUUUUGUCAGGUUACAUGUUAGGGCCAGUGAACGCAGCAAUAACUCACCAUCGCAGAUUUCAGCCAGUGAGACAUCUCCCACGUGCGAGUUGUGACAUUAGGUAAUGCCUCUGUAGAAUGGUCCAUGUCGAGACACGUGUGUGCAGAAAUAGAGUAUUAAUACCUUUGACUGUUGGGGGAAAUUUGAAAGAAUAGUAUUACUCAGAAGGAAACACCAAUAUCAAUCUUCUUAAAUUUAAAGUAUGGUUUAAAAUUGUUUAUUCGUUGUUCAUAUUGGAAAGGUCCACCCCCGCUGCCAGGAUCGAGUUGGUUUGAUCCUGCAUGGCGUAAAGUUUCCUUCCGUGUUCAGCACAGUGUCAGCCUGACACAAAGACGAGAGACGGAGGUAAGCGUUUUACACAACUCACCUUUUGGGAUUCUUUUACAUCGAACUGUUGUCUGUGGCAGUGUGUUUGAGUAGAUAGUAAAAAAUAGACUCAUAGCCUUCUAGAAACCUGAAAAGACAGAGGAAAUGUCUGAAACAUUAGCCUAAGACGUGCUGAGUAAAGUGUUAUUACGCAAACUGAGAGUAACUUUUCUGUCCAUUGAACGAAUGACACGUCCAGCUCCUUACAGAUAAUAACUCAUAAGUCUUGCAUGUGUAAUAUUAACAUAACACUGUUUUGUCAUUGGACAAGCGUACGUUUUUAUGACCACCAAGUUACAGCCAGUGUUGUAUCAUUCCAGGGACUAGCCGGGGCCCUCGGUCCAUUCCCGGUGGAUAUCUUGGACAUUUCCUCCUAACAUUUAAAUUUCGGGGUUAUCUUGUGAUUUUUAAUGUUCGCUUGGACUCUGUCGGAGCAAUUCCAGCUGUAGUCUACAGCACAUGUUGAAUUUUCAAUACGUAGGGGUCGCCUUUUGCUUUUCCAGUGUUACACAACUUGCGUUAUUUACUUAAAGCAGAAGAGGUGAAUUGUCAGGGUGAACUCCAGUGACCUCAGUCCGUGGCAAAUUAUUGAUCACUUAAACCUUCAAUGGCAACAGAUGUAAAGCUGUCUGUUAGAUAUCUUGAUAGGCAACAAACCACAGCGGUACAUGACUACACUUGGACAUAGAGUGUAAGGUCUGUAUCAGUCCAGAGUGUGUCUUUAUCUCCAGUAUCAGAGGUGGCAGUGGUCAAAAACCAGUUGCCAGUUGAACAACUUUUUGUUGGUCAAGCUGUUUAUGUCAUUUGUUUUGUACCAUAAAGCCUAUCAUACAAUAUAAUCAAGAGUUACUGUCUUGGGAAUACUACUUAAUAUCUACUGCACCUAAUAUUUUUGACAGGGCAAUCACCAUUGUGUUCAAAAAUCAGCAAAUAAUCAUGUAUUACUUUCCAUAUUGGUAUGUUUCUUACUGAUAAAUAUCCCUGACAGCUUACUUUGCACUUGUGUGACAGCACUGGAGACAGAGGGGGCUUGUGUUUUAAGUCAGCCUGUAAUUGAACCCUUUGGGAGAUCACUAAGCAAAGUUGUUGGCUUGGAUACAAUAUCACAACAAGAGAGAGGACACUGAAACGGUCUGCGGCAUUUCCGUAACUCUACAGUGAUCAGACACGGCGCUGGCUUUCAAAUUGAAAGGUGAAAUUGGGAUGAGAAUAAUUCAGCUAACUUUUGUCACACUUUUAUUUACAUAACUAUGUUGAUCAAAAGAUACUGAAUGGGAUUUUUCAGGUUGGGUUUUUCUUGUUUCACCCCUUCACUAGUUUUCUGUUUGUCACUCAUCAAAAUAAAACAAAAACUACUUUUAAAAUACAGUUUUAAAUAACUCGAAAGCCUGAUGUUUAACCCACCAUGAUAGCAGGAUUUAUUUUCAGGUUUUAGCCGGGGUUAUCAAAUACACUGGCAUCUAAUGGAUUCUGGCUUGCUCCCAAUAAGAUAGACUUCAUAAUUGUGUAACAGCACCAACUAGUGCUCUCUAAUAUCUAUUACCCAAUUUCUUGUCUUACUGGCAUUUGUCGGCUAAAGAAACACAAUAAUGCCAACACAGAGAUGCCAAAAUUGUCUUAAAAGUCAGGAAAUCCUGUUGCGUAAGAAUAUUAAAUUUUUUAUCUGUACUGUUCUAGAUGAAAUGCCAAAUGUGUGAUCUGCUGCAAUUCAAUUUCCCUAUGGGACAAAUAAACUACUACUACUACUACUACUACUACUGCUAUUACUACUACAACUCCUACUUAAAUAUCUGCUAACAUCAUCAGACUUUUAAAACUUUCAGUACUAUUCUUGUCCAUUUAAAUAAGCUGUAUAUGUGUUAAAAUGCAGACUGUACCAACUGGUGUAGGCACACAGGUACCUUUCUAGGUAACAGAGUGAGUCAAGGUAAGAGCAAGCCAGCACUCCCUUUUAAUAGGAAUGUACACAACUCUUUAAGUUAAUAUCUCAGUAGGCGUGGGACAGUUCAAGUAAACCCUGUCUGAACAGUUUCCCUCCUAAAACUGAAGUGUAACUUGAGAGCUCUGGAAGUUGUGUUCACUUAUGCUUGGAAAAAAAAAAGAUUUGCUGUUGUGGAUGCAUGACAUGAUAUGGAACUCAGUGGGUCACAGUGUAAUAUUAUGUUGAGUCAACUGUGCGAAAAUGCUUGCACAAUAGCAAUCAUUGUAUGGCAUGGCAUGCGGGGUACUGGUCACAUAUGUUAGUAAUCACAUUGUUCUCUUCAGCUGCUAAACCAGUUCUGACUCCACAGUUUGUCCACAUCUUUUUUUAAUGUCUAAUCCCUGAUUAUUCCCCUGUAAUUUAUUAUUGUCAAAUUAUAUUAUCUUUAGGUUUGAAAUUAUAUAAUGUAGGUUUAAAGUAUAUUAUCUUAAACAUAAUAAAACAUGAUAAUGUUCUCCAGCAGUUUCUAAAAUCAGAAACUUGAAUGUUUUGUUGUCUUUGUAUCAUGUUUAUUUUGCUUUUUAUGGUUUCUGUGAGUCAAAUCCAGCAAAAAACAAUCAUGUAACUCUUUGAGCCCUUUUUUCUUAUAUGGUUAGCCCAUCUAAUUACCAUGUUCCCUUUGUCUCCCUGUAGACUGUCAAAAUGACAGACAUGGAAGCUGAUACUGCCACCCACACUGAGGCUAUGGUGGAAGAAGAGGAGCCUCUUUUCAGCAACCUGGACCUCUUCCUCUUCUCCCUUAUUGUCGGCCUGGUCAUUUAUUGGUUCAUGUCCCGCAAGAAGCCAGAGCCCAUCCCUGAAUUCAAGAAGCUCGAUGCACCGUGAGUACACAGUGUACUAGCACCGAUCUGUGUUUAAGUAAAGAGAAAACUAAACGUUUUGUUUGACCAGGAUCCAAUUUAGGAGCGACUUCAUCGUUAUGAAAAACAUGAACGCUGUUUGAGGGAAAAGCAACGAAUUAGAGGCAUUAAACUGCAUAUAUGUGCAUUUUCAGGGUAAAGUUAAAAGGUCUUUCUUUGUUCUUAGCUGAACAGGUAGACAUUAAAAUCUAUUAAUUCUUCUCGUUUCAUCAAAUUAUUUUGAUGCCACAACUUCAUUACAACUCUUUAAUGAAAUUUCCCCAUACACCUAAGUGUUAACUCUAUGAGUCAUAUCGUUAAAGGUCCUGUAAGGAUUUUUUAGUUGGUUUUGAAACAAACUGAAAUGAACAGUGAUGGAUCUCUAUUAUGUACAAAAGCAAACAAGAACAUUGAUGAGAAGAUGGACAUUUCUAUAUUGUAAUCUUAAAUGCUAGUAUCCGCUGUGAGGGAGUGGGUGCUCUGAGGUAAGAGCCUUGGUUGUUUCCCCACCGUGAAUGUUUAUGGUGAGUGAUCAAUGUUAUGGUCAAAGACAACAGAAGUGCAUUAUUUUGUCAAUUAACACGACUUUUUCAGGAAUGAUAUCAAAUCAGCAUUGAUAAAAGAGUUCCCCUCUUGUCCACAGGGGGCGCCAGAUCAACACAAACAGAAAGCUCCCUAUAUGAGCUAUAACAUACGUUGAUAUGAAAAGAGACCCUCUUAAAGCCCUGCCACCACUUAUCCAUCAUGAACUCUUUAACACUGAGAGGCUUUACUGUUAUUUAUUACAGAUUCGGGACCCUAAAAUCUUGGAGUAAGGGAUUUUUCAUUCACAAGGAGACUUUAAAAGUCCAAUGAUAGCAUAUGUGAUUGGAAGAGUUGACUCAACCUUACUUCAGUCGGCCUAAACACAUGUAAACACAGCCUACCAGGAAACUGCUGCAGCAUGCCCACCCACCAAUUGAUCCGUGCCUCUAAUUCUGCGAAUGUUUGUAGAGCUCUUAGUCUGUACAUUAUUUUAACAGAUGCUUUGUCCAUUUGGUCAUGCUACCUUUCUUGUAACCUUACACUAUCAGUCAUCUAUUAAUAAGGAAUGAGAUAUGGAUAUCUUGUUCUCAUUACAAAUACAGCCAAGUAUAUUUCAAGAUAUUCACAGUUUGUUGAUCAUCAUCUUUUCACAUGAUGAUGAGUUAUAAAGUGGUGAAGCGAUAACUGCUCGUCCGAUUCCCUGGAUUUUUCACAGACAAAACAGAACAAGAUAAGAGAAGCAUUUAAGCUCCCCACCCUGAGGGAGGUGUUUCAGUUAAAUAGCUAACAAGUGAAUGUAGUUGAUUGCUUUAUAUCACAUGCUUGCUAUGGAGGUUGUGAUUCCUGUAAUCUGCUUUAUUGCGUAAAGACAUUUAGAUAGAAACAAAUUGACUGCACCCCCAAACCAGUGUACAAAAUGGGCCUUGGAGCAAGUGUGUUAGAGUGCACGGCUUAAGACUUGUAAAUGUUCCACUAGUGGCGACCUUUGUUUCCAGCCUGCCCGUCCUGCUCUUUGACACAAACUCUCUCCUCUCAGAAACUUCUCUGCUCCCUCACUCUCUGCCAGCCUCUCUCUCUUUCUUUCUCUCUCUCUCUCUCUCUCUCUCUCUGUGCUUGUAGCCUCUCCAGCUCCUCCUCUUUUCCUCCUCCCCUCAUCCCUUGUCGGCAGAGUUAUGGAGGCUUGGCUUGAUUUCAAUGGGCUCUCCUUCCAUUGGCCACAUUUAAAGUCCCUCCUCAACAACCACAACACAGUUUCUUUGGUCACCAGAGUAAAGCCUCGGGCCAGAGCAGCCACGCUCGCUGUGUGGUUGUGUGAAUGGAGACAGUUUAGCUGGAGGCUGAGUGGGGGAGAUCCUGAGUAUUUGUGUGAAAACAAGAGGCUGGAUUGAAGAGGGAAAGACCCCUGCAGUGCAUGUUUUGCUUUGCAGAAGAAGAGUAUGUGUCUGCGGAGAGCAAGACUACAGGAAGGGGAUGUCGAUCAACACAAGCUGGCCCCCCUCCCCUUAAAGAAAGCAGUGAUUACCUAACUGUUAUGAAGGGGGCGUAGUCUUCCAUGUCUUUCCUGUGCUUUUGUUUUUGGCCCUGAACCCCGUUUUAAAAGUUCCCUGGAGAGCAAACCAGGGAGGCGAGCCAAGCAGCCUUUGUGAGUCCUCUCCAAAGGUGGAAAGUUGAGGCAAAAGACAAGCAAGCCUUUCUUUGCCCUGAGUUACUUUUUUUUUCAUUCUUCUUUCCCUUACUCCCCUGUUUUUCUUUCAGUACAUGUGUGUUUGGGCUGAGCUGCUCUGCUAUUGGAGCCAGGCUGUGUCACAAAUGGAAUCCUUUUAUGAUAAAUGAGGUUACCAUAGCAAUGACAUUCCCCUCUCUCCUCCAGUGAAAUGGGGGCGGGGGAUACUUCAGAAAAAAAAAUACCAUUCACUCACAGCUCUCCCCCCCCCUUCUCUUCUGGUCCACCCAAUGAGUUCCUCUGAUAGCUAGCCAAAUCUUCAGAAUGGAUCUUGCGGACUUAUUCGUACCCGACACCUUUUAGACCGGAGAGGAAAAGAGGCGGGGAUGAAGAGGAGGAGGAGGAGGGCAUUUUCAGCUUGAGAGUGUUUCAGUGUGUGAGUCAAAAGUGGAGGUUUGCAGCUCAGCUACAUUUUAUGGGAAAGUCAGUUUCCCACCAUUGUGUCCACAGCAGUUGCCAGACAUUGACAGGGCUUGUAGGCUGUGGGUCUGUGUAUCUGUGUGUGUGUCUGUGUGUGUGUGUGUGUGUGUCUGGGGUGGGGUGGGGGUGGGGGGGCAGACGCUGCUGGUUUCAGAGAGCAGCACAGGAAGAGGCAGAGUUCAGAUCGUGUUGGAGCCUCUAAGGUGAAGGCAAGCAGCUCCUCUUGAGCUGCGAGUGUGCGGCCGCCUCUCUGAAAUGAUUUUUAUUUUUGGGUUGCCAUCCUUUGGUUGUGGAGUGUUGACGUCCUGCUUUUGAUUUUGAGCGCUGGUGGUUUUCCCGGCGUGACCUAGCCAGGGGUGCUAGUGGCAGUGGUGAGCUGCGGGGCUGAAUGCCAUGGGCUGUGUGUUUUCCCUGCCAGAGGACAGGAGAGAUGCUGCUGAGAGGUCAGUGGUGCGUUGGAUUUGUGCCCUUUCAAAGGCACAAAAAAAAUCCGUUUGAAACUUUGAGUGAGCUUCCAAAUGAAACAGCGGGGUUAUAAGACAUUUGAUAGGAAAUGUGCGGAGCGUACGUUUUUAAUUCAACAUUUUGCAAGGGAUUUUAAGUUGGUGGCCUGUUACUAGUAAAAUGUUUGACACACGGGGAUUAGAGAGAGCUGUCUCAAAACUCAAACAAUAUUACCCAAAGGCAUUGUAACAGCUGGAUAUAAAACCUCAGUUUGAUGACGAGUUUUGUCCUCGGUUUUUCAGUUAACAUGUUAACUUUCCUGAUCUUGUCAGUAAAAACUUCACUUGUGUGAACAUAUAACAUUCAUAACACAAGUUAAAACUCUGUUUCGGUCUCAAAAACACAAUGACUAAAAGAAAACAGCUGCUACAUCCAUAGUAGAUCACAUCUGCAUUUAUGUGAGCGUGUUAUAGAGUACACUUAUUUGUUUUAGAAGGUUUAGUUCUCAGUUGGAUUAAUGAAUGGAAAGUUAAAUUUGACAGUAUUUUGAGAUUAUGAGCUCCAAACUAUGUCUUUUUUAUUUAAUUCAUCCCUUAUUUAGAGUUUCCGAGCUGAGACAGGCAGCAGGACAGUUUACAAAGACCAGGCACACAUACUCGCAUAAUCCAAGACAGGAUUAUAAUACAUCAAAAACAUGCAGUAGAAUAAUGAGUAAAUCCUGUUCAUAUCUACAGCCUACAGAAAUUUGCCUCCCAGUCAUUUAAAGCGACUUGAAAGCAUCCAAUGAGACCAGAUCUUUUAGUGUCCGUUUCUUUUUACUUAUUCAUUUGAAUAAAGGGUUCAGGAAACUUCCCUAUCCCAUUUCCCUAUCUCAGUUUUGGCCUCUGGAACAGGCGGUAAGAAAGGUCCUGGGACCACAGAUUAUAAGUUCCUGUUGUCUAACUAGUGUGAAGGAAGCGCACCUAGAAUAGACUUUAAAUACGAAUACACCAGUCUGUUUCAGUCUGUGUGCCACCAAAAGAACUUGUUCAUAAACCAAGCACAACCAAAAUCAAUUUUAUUAUUAAAAUGAGUUGUGAAAUAGUGAGAUUCAUCGAUGAAAGACAUCUGUGGCAUGAAACACACUUAACCUGUGUAUCCUGAGAAGUUGAGACUGAAGGCAGAUUCAGUCGCUGAGAUUUUGCAUUUUAAAACUAAAGCCACUUUUGCCACCAGCUAACUUGGAGAAAAAAUACCAAUACCAUUACCAUUCGUGUGUUAUUGAAGUAAAACUAGAAGCUUGUAAUAAACACAACUUAACGACGCCGAGGUCUGACUUUUUGAUCGGACAGCUGAAGAGAGAAAGGAAAUGUGUGAAGUAGGAAGCCGGGAAAGACAUGGAGCCAAGGGUCGAGGCUGGGUGUGGAACCAGUGACCACUGCAACAUACAGGCCCUUACUAAGUUCAGAGAGCUUUCUGGAUGAACUAUUGAAGGAUGUAUAAUGUGCAUUAUUUCCACAUGCAUGCACUAGUCCGCACAACAAUGACUUGUUGUUAUUGUGUUCUUGAAGUUUGGCAUCUUCUAACUGACAGGUCAGAUGCUCUUUGUGUAAUAGCUUUUGUUUUCCGUCAAUGAAAGUAGAUAAACACAGUGUUACUUAAUCUCUUGGCUUUCAUACUUAAUCCUGCGCUUUGGGAUACAAGAAAUAAAGUUUAUAACCUCGGCAUUGUGUUUGUGCUUGUAAUAUUUGGAGCCUUAUUAUGCUUUUUUUUCCUCAGUCCAGAUAUAGUGUUGCAGCUGUCCACCUAACCCUUUGAUGUUGAAUGAAGCGGCGUUGCCUUUUAUUCAGCCCCGUUUUUUUUCCCCCUUUUUAUUUUCACUAACGCUGUGUUUGCACAUGUUGUUUUGAUCUUUUACAAUCCACUGAUUACUUCCAGGAUAAAUCCGAAUCAAACUGUGGACGAUCAAGAUUUCUCACAUGUGGUCAAGUGUAGUGCGUACUUCCACGUACAGUCAGUGUGACUGAAACUCGUAUGGCCGCUGAGUCACUGCCUGGCGACUCCCUGAUGGUGUAACACUUAACAAUGAGCAGACAGAUUUUCCUGCUGUGUGGUUAAAAAAAAAAAAAAAACUUCAGUGACAUUGCAUUUUUGUUUUCUCAUGAAUCAGGGUUCCUACGCAAGUAUGGAAAUAAAUUUGAUCAAUUUCCAUGUCUUUAAAAAGUAUGGAAGAUAAAUAAAGUAUGGAAAAAAAUGUAUGUUUCCAGACUAUUACCACAGUUCUAAACACUGUUUUCUAAAAUGGAAAAGUGGGUAUUUCCAAAUUUUUUUUAAAAAGUAUGGUAUGGAAAAUGUGGAAAUUCCAACUGUGUAGGACCCCUGAUGAAAUAAAGCAUCAAACCUGUUGUGAGUGCAGCUCUGUCUAAUGAUUAAAGACCCUCUGAGGUGACAAACCUGAGCAUGUAGUUCAGUGUUGUUUUCGUUGAUGAUGACGUUGACGAAACUACACUGCAGAAUAUAUGUUUAGCGUUUGACUUACGAAAUGCUCAUGAAUUUUGCAUCUCUGUUGGUCGUCUCGUCAACAUAAACGCACAUUCGUCUCAUCACAUUUUAGUCAUCUAAGACUUAUCUUUAGCUCGUCAACGUCAUGUAUUCAUUGUGGAAAAAAGGGGCGUUGACGAAAUAUUUUCAUCAACGAAAACAACACUGAUGUAGUUGACGUGUAUUUCCAUAAUAAAACACUCUAGUUGUCGAUCUUUCCCUUCUUGAAUUUACUUGGAGGUUUACUUUGCAUAACAAAACGAUACUUUUUUACAAAUAAUAAUGACGAAAUCGAGACCCGAUAUAAACAUGGUCAAAAUCAAUUGUGCUCUCAAAGACCCACAGCUGCACUAAUUACCCACAGGUCUCACAUUACAUGUCUCCUCCAAUAGGAGAGCUGCAGUAAAACUGCAAAAAGUAAAACCAUACAACUGUUCAGUCUCUCAGAAUUCUAAUCAGGAUAAAUUACAAAAAUUAUCAGUUAUCUGUCAAAUUAUCAGUAGUGCAGAAACACCUGUUACUGACUGAAAGUACAGUUCAACAUUUUUGCUCACAAACCAGUUUUACUGCUGUUAUUUCUUUGUUGAUGUUAGAUGACAAAGAAGUUGUUAAGCUGGUCUUGAACCUCUUCUAGUCAGAGUACAAUCUACUUCUGCCUUGUUAGCCACGAGCUCUUGUUUGCUUCCCAUAUAGAGUUGAGCAGUAAAUAAUUCAUUGAUCAUUAAUCAGGUAAUUCAUCCACGUAGAUUUUCCUGUCCUCACCUAAACCAAAGCACUCAUGUUUCCUAUCUGAUGAUUGGUUAAAGGUACAUUCUGUGAUUUAGAUUGGAAACAGAAGUUGGAGCACGUUACAUGCCUGCUGGACAUUUCUAACAGCUUCUGGUGGUUUAUUAACAAUAGUAAUGCGUGAUAAGAUAUCAGGACAAGCCAAUAUUUCCUCUUACUACACUACUGCAUUAGAUCAAUAACAUCUUCAUUAUGUUGUGGAAUCCACCUCAUGUUUACUCUCUCACUAAAUAUUGAAUUUGGCCCUCAGAUAAAGAAAGUUAGACUGCACUGUUCAGCUGAGGUUCAGGUGGUGGUAGCUCAGUGGUAGAGAGGUUUCGAAUUAAAUCAGAAACCCCAAAAUUCAGUAGUGUGGGAAUAUGCAGGAAUGGGGUUGGUUAGUACUUAUUGUCCUCCACUUCAACAUCCUCUGCCAUCACUGUGUGAAUGUGACAACUACUGUGAAGGCACUUAAAGACGGAGACAAACUAUAAAAGUUCCACACAGGCAAGCUUGCAAUGAACAAAAAGCUUAUUCCCCUCAAGUGAUUAUUUAAAAAAAAGUGAUUUAUAAAGGGGGUUGUGAAAAACUAAGUAAUCAAGAACAUUUUGAAUUAAAUAACCUUUUUUUUUUUUCACAGAGCACCCACCACACGAGAGACAAGUUUCCUAGAGAAAAUGAAGAAAACGGUAAGCAUGUUACUUUUAAAUCUGUCCGUUUCUGUCAUUUUUUGUGACAACUUUUCCAGCCUCCAGAGAACUUUUAUUGCAGUUUUUAUGUUAGGUAGGACUGAGGGGAUUUUAAAGACGGCUGCGAGCCAUUUGGACCUGCAGACGCAAAGUGUUUAACAGUGUUGUUUUAGUUGCCCCUCACCACAUGUUGACGGACCUUGAAGUUGUUUUCAGCUGCACAUACCUGUUUGAUGUUGAGGUUCUGGCCAAAGUGGAUUUGUAGUAUGGGUUUUAAUUUAAAAUGAAGUGCUAAAGUGUGUUUUUUUCUUUUUAACGUCAUGAUCUCGGAGGGAAGAAUCAAACUAUCAGGUCUUUGUACUGAUGUGACUCUGUGCAGCCGCAGAGUUAGAAAAUCUGUUCUCUCUUUCAAGCUAGUCUUGAAAAAACAUUGGUUUUGAAUCAUGUGGUUUUGCAGCAAAUAGUUCAGAUACCACGAUGGUGGCAGAGAGGAGCUUUGGCCCCCAGUGCUUUUGAAUUUCUUCUUUUUGGUAUUAAUUAUCAUAGCAACCCCGUUGGCAGAGACAUUUUUUCACGAUUCCCUCAAAUACAGGACCAGCUGGAGAUGUUUAUGUAAUGCUAAUGUUAGAGAAAUGUCUGGUUAUGUUUUUGUCUUCAUGUGUAUUUACUUUGUAGGGACUUGAAGUAGUUUUACAUUCAGCGCUGUCCCUAUUUCAUCUCCCCGUCUCAUGCAGAAGUACUUGAGUUUGAAACAGAAUCGACAUUCAAGGUUUUCUGUUUCUAGCUGAAAGACAAAAAUCAUCAUCUGUGUUUCUCAAAGCUGCCUGCAGGCAUGAGAAAUUAGGUGGUUUUUCAGUUACAAAUGUGAAACACAGCUCCUCUUUGCAUUAUCUUCAUCUUUUUUUUUUUUCCUCUGAAAUUUUGGAACCAGGGCAAGAACAUCAUUGUGUUCUACGGCUCUCAGACGGGCACAGGAGAGGAAUUUGCCAACAGACUUUCCAAAGACGCUCAGCGCUACGGCAUGAAAGGAAUGGCUGCUGAUCCGGAGGAGUAUGACAUGGUAAUUUGCCUCAGAGGGACAACAUGAAAACCACAUAAUAAUAUAAACAGAGGUCCAUUAUGAGAUACAGUAUAACUUCAGAUCCUGUCGAGGAGGUUUUAGCUAGCUAAGACACAGACUGAACGAAUUUCUGUGAGGUAGAUGUCACACUGAGCAGCAAAUUACACACAGCAGAAACAGACUUUUUGCCAUUUUACAGGCAAAGACUGUCGAGAAAUGAUCCAGUUUACUGGUGAAUAAAGACAGGAUGAGUUUUCUUUUUGUUGUGAAAAUACUUUUACUGUUUUCUCUACAGUGUAUACCAAAAGAGUCGCGAUCAAAGAAAUCAUCACAGAGGCUUUAAGAUAGGAUACGAUUUUCUAUUUUCAAUGAGCUUUAUUGGCAUGACUGUUACUACAAUAUUGCCAAAGCGUUUUAAAUUUUUUUUUUUAAUUUUUUAUUUAAUUUUUUAUUUAUUUUUUUUAAUUUUUAACCCAUUUUAUUUGGGGCUUUUUGCACCUUUUUUGAGAAGACAGGACAGUUGAUAGAGCAGGAAGCUGAGUGGGAGAGAGAGGUAAGGGUCACACAGGAAAGAAACCUCAGGCUGGAAUCAAACCCAGGCCUCUGACAUGAGGCCUCUGUAAAUGGGGUGCACACUUAAACCGCCAGACCCUAAGAACUGGAGGAUAUUCAUUACAUGUCAGUGAUUUGUGAUGGAAAAGUAUCGGCGCUAAAUACUGAAGUGUGUGUGUUUCAAUGGGAAAGGCACGUAUUUACCAAACACCUCAGAGGUGAUAAUUGUAUUUAUCUAAACUGAGUCGAUUUGAUAAUAAUUUCAUACACGUCUGUUCUCCAGUAUUUUAUACGUAAGCUAGGCUAUGAUCUCGUCCAGUUAAUAACUCACAGCUCCAAAAUAUAACAGGCUGAGUCAGGCCUAUGAAAAGCAUUCGCUCCCAUCAAAACAUCUGAUACAUUUACAACAAUACAAAGAUCACUUCUACUAAUAGUAAUGGCGAUACUGAGUCAGUCAUAGGUCACAUACUUUUGAUGUGUUCCUCUUAUGUAAUAAACUGCAUGUUAGCUGACAAAGCAACUCUGUAGACAACAAAUACAGCAUAAAAACAAACUUCAUCAAGUUUAUUACAGAUCUACAAAUUGUGAUAUCUCAUAUUUCAGGGGGAACUGGCCCGUCUGUCUGAGAUCCCAAACUCUCUCGCCAUUUUCUGUAUGGCCACGUACGGCGAAGGAGACCCCACAGAUAACGCCCAAGACUUUUACGACUGGCUGCAGGAAAACGACGAUGAAGACCUCUCCGGAUUAAAUUUCACAGUGAGUUUUGACGCUUGUGGUUUUAUGAAAGUAUAAAUGUGUACUUUUUUCCCAUUUAUUUAAAUUAUUUGUUGUAUUAUAGAACAUCAGGAUAGUCAUUUUGCCCAUAAAGCAUCUCCACCUCCUUUAUUCCAAAGUGAAGUCAUAUCUCUGUCUUGAGUUAUUGUGAGACACAAGCCAGAUUCACACUAACCCAUUUCCACAAAACCACUGAAAUACAUUUCAACUCUGUUCACCGCCGCCAUUUGCCAGCUCCCUUUUAGUUUUCAUGAGUCAAACUAUCUGUCUGACACACUUACAGAACACAGGGUUCCCUGGCUUUGUUUUCACUGUAAAAGAAGGACAAGCUUUGUGUGUCGUCGUGUCUGCAGUGUGUUUGUGUGUCUUUGUCGGGAUGCAAGGCUACUGGCCUAAUUUUAGAACGUGACAAUCUAGUUUACUUCUUAGGCUCUGGCCAUCUGUGCUGUUUCUUAUCCAUUGUGCUAUCGGUGUUUUGUCUUGAAUCAUCAUGCUAAGAUAUACAUGCAUUUCUUUUGAGGACAUUAUUAGACAGUGUAGUGUUGUAAUUUGUUGCUCUGUACAAAUUGCUCUCUUUUGUGUGUUCAUUUACAUGCGACUACUAAAGAGCGAUUUAUUGAUUCUACUUUUUGUGUUGUUUGACUGUUAUACUUCAACAUUUUAUUCCUCACUGUGUCUUGUUCUGACUGCAGGUUUUUGCUCUGGGUAACAAGACAUACGAACAUUACAAUGCGAUGGGAAAAUAUGUCGACAAAAGGCUGGAAGAACUCGGAGCCAAGCGCAUCUUUGACCUCGGCUUGGGAGAUGAUGAUGGAAAGUAAGUCAUCGGUUCAUCCUGUGAGAAAACAAAAAACGCUGUCAGUGUUCCAGACUGUAAGCAGCUGAGCUGGGAUUCCCUCUUCUUUAUUCUCACCAAUAAGCUUGUGAUCUAAUAACCCUCUGAUAGCUGAUGUCUUGAGCUAAAUAUCAGAAGUCUAACAGAAGUUUUAGAUUGCAAUAUAUUCACACUCCUGCGGUGUGUUUCCUUUCCAACAUUUUUCACAUUUGUAACAUGUUCAUUGUUUUCCUCAUUUGUCAGAAAAGGGCACAUUCAAAGACCUGUCUGGUUUUGUCUUUUAGUCUGGAAGAAGACUUCGUUUCAUGGAGAGAGCAGUUCUGGCCGGCCGUCUGUGAGCACUUUGGAGUGGAGGCUUUAGGAGACGAAUCAAGGUUCACGAAUCACAAAUAUUUUUCACUUCAGACCAUUUUUUUACACCCUUCUCUCCUCUUUACUAGCACUUCACCCAAUAAAACAGUUUGUAAACUAUCUACCACCAAUAGCAGGCAAAAAACAGAUUUGUAAACACGGUCUCUAGCAUACACUAAAGACUCAUGAGUUUGGUUUUAAACGAUAAUCUACCCAGAAUUUUCUUUCUUUGAAACAUCCAUAUCUCAACGGAGACCUUUCAAGUUAUCACAACACAUUUGAUUGACGCGAACUCCGCCCAUCUGAAUGAACAAACAAGUACCAAGUAAUCAUUUUAAAGCACCUCUACGCCUAAGUGGGUGAUCUAUCUUGUAAUAGAACAAGAACCACUGUCGUCUUUUCAUCAAGUUUGUUUUUAUUUAAUCGGUAAUUAAACCAGAUUUCACUCGUCUUUUAGCUGAAGAGGCUAACUUUGAGUUGCUUCCCUCCCCCCACAGCAUCCGGCAGUAUGAGCUGAAGGAACACACAGAUAUCAACAUGAACAAAGUGUACACAGGAGAGAUUGGCCGUCUGAAGAGUUUCGAGGUCCAAAAGCCGUAAGUACUGCAGCACAGCCAGAGUUCAUGACCACAAGUCAUUCAUCAGUCGAGAGCCGUCUGCUCAGUCAUUGCUCACAUUUCACCCACAUUCAUAACCAGUGGCAAGGUUAACUUAAGUCACUUUCAGAGGAAAAACCAGAGGCUUUCUGCCCCCUAGUGGACAUGAGGAACAUAUACCUGCGAGCUUUUGUAACACACUGAUAGCUCAAUAUUACUCACUAUAUAGAUCAAAGAAGCAAAGGACUCAUCAGUGGUAACUACCAGCUUUUUUACCAAAAUGUUUUAACACCCUCCUUCCUCUCCUUUAUUUCUUCCAGACCUUUUGAUUCGAAAAACCCCUUCCUCGCUCAAGUCACUGUCAACCGCAAACUCAACAAAGCCGGUGACAGACAUCUUAUGCACCUUGAGCUAGACAUAACCGGCUCCAAGAUCAGGUGAGACUGGAGAAAUGCGUUUUCACUGUCCCUCACGCAAUGCCAGACUUCCAUAAAUGCAGCUCAAAGUCUAAACGAGGCGCAAUCUGUGUAAUUUCAGGUAUGAGUCAGGCGACCACGUCGCUGUUUUUCCCACUAACGAUUCCGGGUUGGUGAAUAAGCUGGGACAAAUCCUUGGAGUGGACCUUGAUGUUGUUAUCUCUCUCAACAACCUUGAUGGUACGUCAUUGUAAGCAUGCAGCACCUUGACUUCACUAUCUCGAACCCUCUUGUGGAAACCUCCCAUCGUAUCUACACACAGUAUCAGCUUACUUUAGCAUAUAAAUCUGCUGUUGUUAUACAACUGCAGUUACACAGUAUUGUGAUGUAUGUUGUUAAAUUGUUGUAUGUCACGUGUUUCCUGCAGUUAUGAAGGUCAUCAAGUAAAGCUGUAAUUCGAUAAUAGACAGUCAAUAAUGAUGAUAACUUCCUGAUUGACCAGGAGCGAUCCACUGAGAUUAUCCCUCUGUCAUUUUUUUGUGGGAUCAUCUAAUGUGACUCAUAGAAAAGAAGACAUUUGUUGUACGUGUUUAUCAGAGCUUUAGAUCAAUUUUAGUGCUGUUUUUCCGUUGUUGUUUCUUUUCCGUUCGUGCUUUUCAGCAUACCAAAAUAGCAUUUCUGUCAUUUUUGUCUUUGUUUUUCAGAGGAGUCCAACAAAAAGCAUCCUUUCCCCUGCCCCACCACCUACCGCACAGCCCUCACUCACUACCUUGACAUCACACAUCCUCCUCGCACCAACGUGCUCUAUGAGCUGGCACAGUAUGCAUCCGACCCCAAAGAACAGGAGAUGAUGCGCAAGAUGGCUUCCUCGUCACCCGAAGGCAAGGUUAGUAGUGAAGCUUGGAAGCAGUUAUUCAUAUGAGCUGAAAUUCAUCUGUUAGAUUUGUUUAAUGAGACAGCUAACAUACUGCUAAAGUGGGCCUCCACACAUGCAGAGUAGAAGCUUUAUUUUAUUUUUCGGUUUGGUUGUCAUUGUGUCUUCCAGGCCCUCUACCAGAGCUGGGUGUUGGAUUCUUGUCGAAACAUCCUCGCCAUCCUGGAAGAUUUGUCGUCCUUGAGACCGCCCAUCGACCACCUUUGUGAGCUGAUCCCUCGCCUUCAGGCUCGCUACUAUUCCAUCGCUUCUUCCUCUAAGGUGAUUUACUGUUUCAAACCAGCUUUAGUGUCAUCUGUUUCUUUUUUGCAAAGAUUCUCAACCUGAAAACUAAAGCGGAAGGCGAUUGGUAACACUCCCCUGCUCUCUAGGUUCACCCGAACAGCAUCCACAUCUGCGCCGUAGUGGUGGAGUAUGAGACAAAGACCGGCCGCAUCAACAAGGGGGUUGCCACCAACUGGCUGAAAAACAAAGUGGUUACAGACAACGGACACAAGUCCACUGUUCCCAUGUACAUCCGCAAGUCCCAGUUCCGUCUGCCCUUCAAAGCCACCAACCCGGUGAUUAUGAUCGGCCCAGGGACAGGAAUCGCUCCUUUCAUGGGCUUCAUCCAAGAGAGGGGGUGGUUCAAACAGCAAGGUAUAUACAGACACUCAGUGACACAUUGUUUUUUUUCACCACCUGCCUGUCUUAAUAACAUCUGUAAGACCAGGCAGAUGAACGAAAAGACCCUCAGAUGUAUUUGGUGCUCUUCUCACCUGAAAAGGGGUAAUGUUUUACUCACAGGGCAGAAGUGACAAAUUACUCUGCUGAAGGAAAAACUUCAGUUUACUUUAUGAAAUUUUAUUCAUGUAAAAGUAAAACUAACAGUCUUUGAACCUACUCAAGUAAAGAUAAAAAUGUACUUUACAUGAAAUAUACUUAAAGUGCUGAACACAGUUUUUUUGACGGUGAGGUGAUGAUUUUUGUGGGGACUUCACCAGGAAGGCAAGUGAACAUGGCUAAAAAUGAUCAUGAUGAUCAAGCUUUGAUUUACCAUGAGCUGAAUGACUUUGGAACCUUUAUAGACACUUAACUUGACCUACCAAAGUAGAACAUUUCUGUGUCUUCUUUUUUUGAGGGGGGAUUUGCACUUAGCAGAUGGUCCCCACACACUCACGUCACAGUUUGUGUUUGCAAAACCCUUCGUACUGAUGAACGUCAGUCAGGGUGUGGGUAUAUUCCCAACUAACUGUGAACAUGUUUCCAUCUUUAAUUGGGGUUCAAACUGUAGCUUGUGUGUUCCCCUCCUCUUCUUUGACUGUCAAGUGUUGUAUACACAUGCCCAUCAGCAGGAAGUCGUAUGGUUGAUAGAAAUCUUUCAUCAACCAUAUCUUGGAACUUGCAGAUUAAAUCAUUUUUCCUUUUAUGUAACGUUUAUGUGAACUUUGCUGUUUUGACUGUUUUGAAAAAAAAUUUGAAUCAAGUUUAAGCAACUUAAUUCAGCAUUCUUAACACAGACGUGGACUUGUAAGAGCAUGUUUAAUGCUUUUGUAACUAGGUCAGACAAUUUCUUAAUCAGUACAAAUUACACUGGAAUACAUACAAACCUGUAUCAACACCAAAAACAGUCUUGUUAAGUUUUGCUUCUCUUUAUAGGAAAGGAGGUUGGAGAGACUGUGAUGUAUUUCGGCUGCAGAUACAAGAACGAGGAUUACAUCUAUCAGGAGGAGCUGGAAGAGGCAGAGAAGGAAGCGGUCCUAACAGAGCUUCACGUGGCCUUCUCCAGAGACCAGGGGCAGAAGGUACAGCUGUCUCAUCUCACUGACGUUAUUGUGUCUGAAUGCUGAAGAAGCUGCUGAUCAGCUGUGACUGAAACUUCAGCUCCUAGUUUUCUAUUAUUAGAUAUUUUUUAGCUUGUUACAUGUUCCAGGAUAUUCUGGUGAUGACAAAUUUUAAUAGUAGUAAUUGGUUGAUGCGAUUAACAUGUCUUCUGCUAAUAAUUUUUAUUUAUUUUUUCUUUUUUUAGAAGAGGAUGUUCAUGUGGACAUAUUUUUGUCUCUUUUCUUAAAGGUGUAUGUGCAGCACCUCUUAAAGAAGAACAAGGAGAACAUCUGGAAGCUGGUUCAUACAGAGAAUGCUCAUAUCUACGUCUGCGGGUAUUACAACUAAUCCACUACCAAACAAAUCAUACACGUACAGUUUGGUUUAUUGGAGAGUAUUCCUCCGCUUCAAUGUUUUGUGCUGUGAAAAUGCAGGAACUUUUAGUUGGUGAUUGUUGUCCAAACAAUGUGAUAUUUUAACCUUUUACAUAAAGGAGUGAGGGAAUGAACAGCUAACUAGAACUGAUUUACACUCCUGGUUUUAAGAAAUCAAAAGUAAAAAAUCUCAGCAGAUAGUAGUAGUAGUAGUAGUAGUAGUAGUAGUAGUAGUAGUCGUUUAUUAUGUCAUGACAACUCAAUCAAUAAUCAUGUGUUGAAUAUUGACUGAAAAGGCAUAGGCAGAAGCAGACUGCUUAUAAAAGCCUAUCCUGUAUUGUCAACUUUUUAGGCUACUGACCUCCAGAAAAGCAAAGAAACCACAACAACAGAUAAUUAAUCGCACUUACAAGCUUCAAAAAUAGCUUUACAAACCAUUUUCUUAAAACCAAAAAAGAAUGACAUGUUUUUAGAUUGAAUAAGGCUGAAAAAUAUACAAUCACAGAAGACCAGACACUGAAGUAUUUUCUUUCUUGAUUUAGAGAUGCAAGGAACAUGGCAAAGGACGUGCAGACGGCCUUCUACGAGAUAGCGGAGGAGCUGGGAGGUAUGACCCGCACACAGGCUACAGACUACAUCAAGAAACUGAUGACCAAGGGACGCUACUCGCAAGAUGUCUGGAGUUAGAGCGCCACAGACUCUGCCUCAGUCUCACUAUUCGUGUGGUGGUUUUAAAUUUUCUAUUUUUUACUGUAUGUCUUGUAUUAUCAGGACUGAACAUUAUAAAAAAUACACACUUGUUCAUCAACCUGGUUCAUGAGAGCUUCAGGUAGCAGAAGAUGAUGAGGAAAACCCUACCUCUGCCGGUUGUGUUCAAUAAACCCAUUCAGUCAUUUCAUCCACAUCACCUGUGUACACUACAUUAGGUAUCAAGACCACCAGCCUGUGUCUGCUGGGGUCCAAACAACCGUGACCCUGUCUGGUUUCAUUCAGAGUCUCUGAAAUACUCUACAUGAAUGAAGUGCUGUUAUUGGGUGUGUGACUGCAACUCUGGGAACUUGCAGAUCAGAUGUAGAAACCUGCUUGUCUUGAGAUUCCUCUAUCAAAUUUGAAAUGGCCUCAGCCUCUGGGUGUAAAUAAUAUAAUUCCAAUGUGUGAAUGAAGAUUUAAGAUGAAAUGUACAAAUCUUGUUCCGUUUGAUUAACAGGUUGUAGACCUAAAAACAAGCAGAUGAUAUAAUGUUGUUUCAGUGACUAUAAGAAGUGUGGAGGUCUCCAGUCACAGUAUGAACACAGAAAGGUGCUGCUUGAAUUUUCUCUUAGAUAAAAUCUAUACCUGCUUUUGAAGUACUCAGAAUGCUUUUACGUUUAAGAAACAUAAAAAUAUCCUGGGACGAGUGUGUGGUGAGUCUGCCAUCAUACUGUAGGUACUAUCACGUUGAGUUUUGACAAGGGAUUUUGUCUCUUAUGCAUAAGAUGUUGUUUUUCUUGAACAGCAACCUUUUGAGAGGAAUAGAAAAUUAUGCAAAGGAGAAGUAUAUUCUUGGAAAAAUAAUUAUGUGCUCUUCUGUGUUCGGUUUCCCCCAAAAGCCUGCCAUUAAACACAAUGGGUCUGUAAACUGUGAUAUUUGUAAAAUGUUUGGAUUGUUUGCCUUGAAACCAGAUUUGGAGAUUAUCUUUUUUAUGCAUCUGACAGCAGUGGAUGAUGAGGUGGGUUUGUCAUGUAGCAGGAAUACUCUAGACAUUAGACAUCCGCCCCUGUUUAAAAGGUAUCUGUAUGUCUAUCUAAUUUUAUUGUCAAAUCAAGUAUGCAUCAUUACCUGGAGAGGAUGACCACUGUAUCAUAUGGCAGUACUUUAGAGUGGAAAUGAAAGGUCAGAGGAUGUCAGGAGAUGAGUCAAAGUGCAGUCUGUGCCUUUUUAACACUGCCUUAUGUUUUAAGUUAGCAUUUAAACCCUGAUGCUUCAUUACCUUUUAACAGUUUACCUUUUCUUAUGCUUUCAUUUUAAUAGAAAGUCACUUUACAUAGUACUGUCAUUUUUGUAUUCAUUCCACUUUAUUAUGUAAUGAUUCAAUUUUAUCAAGGCAUGCAUUUUUAAUGAAUAAAAUUGAAACAAUCAAAGUU